AUGGCUUCGAGCUCCGCCGACACCCGUGGCCUCUUCGCUGCCUCUGCCUCUGCGCCGGGAUCGCCCACACAGGCCAGCACGGUGGCCGGCCAAGCCCGCCGUGUCAAGCUCUACUGGUACGACUCGGUGGCUGCACAAAUGCUCAACCCCUACGGCGAGAGCGCCUUCACAGAGCAGACGACCGAGGCCGUGUGGCGUGCAGCGGCCAAGGGCAGCAAGCGCGUCGCCUUCCACACGGAGCUGGCCUCAGAGGAGCCGUGGCGCCAGGGCGUGGGCGUGUCCCGUUCCGCCGAAGCCCUGCUGUCGGCCAUCAAAGUGCUGGAGUCAGAUGACAUGAAGAAGCUGCUCAAAGAAGUGCCGCUGGGGACGGCACUGGCCGAAGCGGCGGAGCUGAAGCCGCACCUGGAACGCCUGAAUCGAGGCAAGGGCAGCCAGGAAGGCGCGCAGCAGCCAAGCCUUGCCCAGCUGAAGAAGCGCAAGGUGGACCAAGACGCCGCAGCGGCCCCGUGCACGGACCAACAGAUCCAGGAAGCGGCCGCCGAGGUGCACAAGUGGCUGAAGAAGGAGCACACCCCCCUGCGCGCCAUGCUUGCCCUCAUGGCCGGCAACGGCGCGUUCUUCGCAGGCCACGUUGCCGAGAAAACCUGCCGCGCCGCCGUCCAACACAAGCCCAUGAACGAGGCCGCGUGGGCAGCCGCUGCCGUGAAGAGGAACAAGACCAGUGAGCCGCCGCGCGCAGCCGGAUCCGCAGCACCGGACACCACCGGAUUGUUCGACCCGGUCCUCCUCAACGUCGUCUGUGGCACGACAGGCGGCCGGGCAUUUUUGAAGGAGUCCUUGGGACGCAUGGCCGGGGCAGCACAACGCGCUGAGGCGUUAGCAAGGCUCCCCCGCGGAUUUGCACGAGCACACAUGCCCGAGGUAUUGGAAGAACCGGCGCCCACAUCAGCCACGCCAAAGCCAAGAGACAAACCAGGCCGCAAGCGUCCAGCAGCGGCGGCUGGGCUGUUGGAGGUCGUGGGGAGGGCCGCCGCUGCGCCAGUCAUUCCUGGAGAAGCACCUCUACCAGUUGGCUUGUUUGGAUCGGCAGCGCCAGUGGCAGAAGAGGAAGCACCACAGGAGCAGCCCAGGGAGCAGGCGGAGGAGAAAGGCAAAGGCAGGCUGCGGCGCUGCGACCGCUGUGGUUGGCUCGGCGUACCAGUGGCCGGACAACCGUGUCCCAACAGCUGCGGUGCACAAACCCCCGCAAGAGUGGCGGAGGAGAUCUACUACCACGGUCCUUGGGGGCGAUACAACAUUGCACUCAAGCAGGGCAUGGUAGCUUUGACGCCGGAAAGGUUAGAACACUGUCUGGACGAGCUCAGCACAAGGCAGCAGUCGCAAGCACACCUGGCCAAGGAGUUUGGGGUGCCACAACGAACACUGGCACAUUGGCAACAAGCACCUCGGGCAAUAGAAGAGUCUCUAGCUUCUCACUUAGAAGCUAUCCGCCUGAUACUUGCCGGGCACACGCGGCAAUCUGUGGUUGAAACAUGUGGCGUACACGAAUCCUUCUAUGGGGCGGUCAGGCGAGACGCGCCUUUGGCCGCGCAAGCUUGGAAAGCCGAGGCUGUCCAGACCUUUGGCCUGCUGCAAGCAGCCGGACGGGAACCCAGGAACUUCCCAACCGGUCUGGAUGUUUUGGGCCAGUGGAUGCAAGUUCCAUCCUGGAGUUUUUGUCCCAACUGCGGGCUUCGUUCUGUCGAGGCCCCAAUGGCACCAGGCUGGCGCUUUCGUGGGAAGGCACAGGUCGAAAAAUUGUGCACCAACGGGUGCGACCAUAGCCCUGUCGAGCUGGAGACGCCAUGGACGGAAGAGCAGCCGCGCCCCAGAACACGCAAGCUGAUGGCAUACAUCACACCACAAGCCGUCCAUUGGGAUGAGCUUCGGGCACACUUGCCGGACCUGGGCGCACGCCUUCCGAACACCGUCCUGCCACAGAUUGACUGGGCCGCGCUGGCACCCUUGGAGCUGAAGGUCAACUACACAACACGAAGAGGCGGCAGGGCAUCGAUCACCAGCAAGCAGAAGCAAUCCCUGGUUCGAGGAAUUUGGAAAGCCAGCGAUGUGGAGGCGGCGUUGGCGUCAGACGGGGAGCGGCGAGCGUUUGCCUGGUUGAUGACGAACAACGAGACCUACAAGAAAUGGGUGCUGCAUCACAAAGCUUUGCUUGCCGCAGCGACGUCCGCAGACAACUCGUGGCGCUACAUCCGCACAGCUGAACUCCUGCUGCAUUCGCCGGGCUUGGAAGUGGCCGCCAGACCGUGGCUAUACCCGCGGGCCUCCUUCGCAAACACGGACAUUGCCAGCCGCCUCGAUGCCCUUGGCCUGCUGCCGGCCGGUUCCAAGCCAAGCCUGCGAACCAGCUUCCACCGGAAGCUUCGCAGCCGGUGCAUGGACUACCAGAACGAUUUCCCCUUGGUGAGCUACAUGCAUGACGUGGCUUUGGCCAAACAGCUUAGCCAGGUUGCAGCAGUUGCCGCCUCCAAGCGCGUGGCCCCCGAUGAAAUGGCUUCAGGGAUGAACAACUUCGAAGCCUAUUGGCUGCAGCAAACGCAGCGUUUGGAGGAUAUGUGCCGACAGAUGGAUGCCUUCCCCAACUUGUUCUUCACCAUCGCGCCAGCAGAAUGGGCCUUUCCCCACCACUACGGCAUGUUACAAGCCGCUGCGGAGGCAGAAGAGUUGAGUGCCCAUCAAGCAUCGCUCACCGCGCAUUUGCACAACUGCUUGUCGGCCGUCCUGGAGCAUGCCUUGCUGAAGAAGGGGAAGAAGGGCGCCAACUUGACAGAGUGCGGCAUUGAGAAGGUGAUCGAGUUCGUGUACCGGUUUGAAUUCCAAAGCCGAGGUACGCUUCAUGUGCACGUCCUUGCAUGGGUGAAAUAUUUGGAUGGGCAGAAUGUGGACUUACUGACUGGAACCAGCGGUAAGCCAGGGCUGAAGUCGCCCUUCGUGGCAUUCCUCGAGAACACCUUUCGGUGUGGUGCCGUCGAUGUCAAGUGCACUAGGACCGAGACACACCACCUCCUACUGCAAUAUGUUGUCGGAUACACAACCAAGGCUUCAGACGCGCUGCAUUUCCACCGCUGUGAAGCACAAGAGCAAGGCAGCCAAACAGAACAAAGCCAUUGGGCUCAGAUCUACCGCAUGUUAUGCAAGAGGCAGCCGCUAGAGCAAGAAAUCAGCAUGGAGUUUGCCUGCCUUCCUCUGGUCAAGGCGUCUUUCACAGGUGAUCAUUGUUAUGCCCCAGUCCCCGGAAGCCCCGCCGUCAACAACUCACGGCACGCGUACCUUGCCUUCCAGCAGUGCCUCCAGAAGAAGCACCCGUCCGUGUACAUCAUCAGGGAGAAGCAGGAGGAAGCCGAGGAGGAAACCCCGGAAGAGGACGAAUGUGUUGAAUUAUCAGGGGAAGAGGCUUCAAGAGACGAUGCGCCGUCAAGAGGUGCGCCGAAGAGUUUCCUGGAGUGGUUCCGCGGCUGGCAAGUGAAGAGCAAGGCAUUGGUGCAACAAGAUCCAGCUGCAGGUGGUGACCUUCCGGUGCUCUUUACCUACGAGGUUAAGCAGCGCAACUUGGCAGGCAUGGCCUUGGGAAAGGUGUGGCAAACGGUAGAGACGCAGUUUAGAUGCAUGCUAGUCACCGACGACAACCGGCUGGCCCGCGCAGGUCCAGGACGUGGAAAGAAAUGCGCCGUUGGAGUAUCCUUCGCCUUCGAGCUUUUGGAUAUCUUCGUGGGGCAGUGGGCCGCAACCUUCCUACAAGGCGCCGAAGAAAAGGACUUGGUGCACCCGCAGCCUGACGCAGUGCCAGAGAACUGUCAACACCUCAGCCACAUCAUGGAAAGGUAUUUCGGAAACGACCCCACACAGCUCCUGGAAGCAAUCGUGCCGGAACUGAAGCUCCGUGGUUUGAAGGAGCCCCGCAUCAGGACCUUCAACGCACGCAUUCUGAGUUGCGCAUUGCUUCUGGAGGCCGUGCGGCGCAACGAAGCAGACCCAGCAGCUUGGAGCGCCCGCCGCAUCUUCGAACGCCCCAGGCGGCUGUGGUCCCCGCAACAACAAGCAGUCCUGGACGCCGUGGAAGCGGGAACUGCCGUCGUGGACGCUAACGACGUCCGCGUCGCCGGCCGGCUGCUGCAAGUCUCCGGAGGCCCGGGCGCCGGCAAGACAGAAGUGAUUUUGGAAGCGGCAAUCCAAGCUGCCACAGCUGGUUGCAAAGUGUUGCUCCUCGGGCCCAUUGGAUUGCUGGUGACUUCCCACCGGCAGCGAAUCCCGCCAGACUUGGACAUCACGGUGGAGACAGUGCAUUCCGCCUUCAAGAUUACCAGGGACAGAGAUAAACAAUACAUCCCCCCCGGCAGGCUUCGCCACUUCGAUCUGAUCAUCUUCGACGAGGUCUCGCAGAUUGACGGAGAGGUGUGGAAGCAAUUGCAGGUGGCGUUCCGAGAACUCCACGCGCUGCCCUACAUCGUCUUCGUCGGUGACUUCCAGCAGCUCCAACCCAUCCACGGUGUGCACCAGCUGCAGCGGGACUUGGAAGCUCAAGCCGCGGCUGGUGCAGUGCAACAGAUCCAGCUCCAGCAACAUGCUGCCGCCCGGUCAUCUGACCCAGACAUGCUAGCCUUCCUGCGCACAGCCGAACGCGGCAGCCGUCGCGAACCACCUUGGAAGGCUUCUUCGAGAACCGAGUUUGGAGCAAGGACGUGGACCAGGCAGUGA